AUGCGAGCUCGUCUGGCUGCUCGCGAACGAGCAGCGGAACAAGAGACGAGGGCAAAGGACAAAGAACUACACCAUUUGAGGGCCGAAGUUGCCAGACUGACCAAGAUUCUUGUAGAACAGAGCUGCUGUCGCCAGCUGCUGUCGCUAGCUGCUGUCGCUAGCUGCUGUCGCCAGCCGCUGUCGCCAGCUGCUGUCGCCAGCUGCUGUCGCCAGCUGCUGUCGCCAGCCGCUGUCGCAAGCCGCUGUCGCCAGCCGCUGUCGCCAGCUGCUGUCGCUAACUGCUGUCGCUAA